AUGGUAAGCUUGAAACUCUGCUCUCAAAGUUCAAACAGCAUAUCCAAUUUUCAGACGAUUACGACCACUACGAUUAUUACUACGAUUGGGAAGAUUGGAACGAUUGAGACCAUUAAUUCGAUGUAUUGUUUAUUAGAUGUAAAAUUUUCAGACGAUUACGACGAUUACGACGAUUACGACUAUUACGACUAUUACGGCUACUAUGAUUAUUUUAAGACGAUUACGACCACUACGACCAUUACGGUCACUACAAUUAUUACUACAAUUGAGACGAUUGAGACGAUUGAGACCAUUACUUUUUUGUAUUGUUUGUUAGAAGUAGAAUUUCAAGACGAUUACAGCGAUUCCGACGAUACAGCUAUUACUAUUAUUACGACCACUACGACCACUACGACAAUUAAAACGAUUAAAACGAUUAAGACAAUUAAGACAAUUAAGACGAGUACGACGAUAACGGUACAAAAUGAAUACAAGACGAUGUGGAUAAGGUUUGGAACACUGAUGGUCAAUAGUAUCGCUACCCAAAUACCAAUUCUAGCUGUAGUAUUAAGCGAAAGUGUUUUUCUGAAGAAUAAAGUAUACCUAAAUGUGCAUCUAUUCUGUAAAUAUUGGGAGUCAAAGAAAAGAAAAAACUAUCAUGAAUAUGAAAAAACGUGUAACCGAAAGUUGCAACAGGCAGAUAUCAUUGUAUCGAAAAACAAGAUAAUCAGUAAGAUAUUGCUAAGUUAUUACGAAGAUGCUGGGGUAAACUAUGCUUCUUUGGAUAAUUAA